AGGAAGAAGGAGUUUGGACUCCACUUCGCUCCUUUACCCCCCGAUGGCGUGUCUGGAGCAACCUGUCCGCCUCUGUGUACACGUGUAGGCAAACCCGCUGCUGUCUCUCUGUCCGGUCCGUUUCAACCAUGUCUGUAGUCAGAACGCUUUUAAAACUGUUCUUGUUCACCGCAGUCACCGUCCCGGCCGUGCUGCUGCUGCGACACUGGAUGGCCACCAAGCAGUACGUUUUCAAUAAAGAAGACGUCGCCAAAUUGGCCAAACAGUACGCAGGACAGGACCAUGAACAGGCCUUCUCCAAAGUGGUGGUGGAGCUGAGGAAGAGGUAUCCUGGCCACAUCCUUCCAGAUGAGGACCUGCAGUGGGUGUUUGUGAACGCCGGUGGUUGGAUGGGCUCGAUGUGUCUAGUCCACGCCUCGCUCACAGAGUACCUGCUGCUGUUUGGCACUGCAGUGGACACAGGAGGACACUCAGGUCGUUACUGGGCCGAGAUUUCUGACACCAUCAUAUCCGGCACCUUCAGACAGUGGAAGGAGGGGACAACAAAGAGUGAAAUAUACUACCCUGGUGACACUAUCGUACAUGGUGUAGGCGAGGCCACGUCGGUCCAGUGGAGCACCGGGACGUGGAUGGUGGAGUACGGUAGAGGUUUCAUCCCCUCCACGCUGGGAUUUGCUCUGGCUGACACCUUGUUCAGCACCCAGGACUUCCUCACAAUGUUCUACACCGUGCGUGUCUAUGUCAAGUGUCUGAUGCUCGAGGCUGGUACACUACUUACAGAGGCUGGAGUUUUCUGAGGCACGAUCGAGGCUUGGACGCCUGCACAAGGACAAUUGCAUCAAAGGUUCGCCUUGUCGUCA